ACCUGGUGACGUCUUUUCCGGCUGAGUUCACGCAGACGAUGAACUUGGACAGGUUUUCCGCAGAUUCUGCGCAGACUGUAUCUCUGACAUAUUUUCCGCCACACCGCUGUCUGUAUCAGCGAUGAAUGCUACAGUACUGUGUACGUGUCGCCGACUGGAGUUUAACAUUUGACCUUGGACUGGAGACCGAGUCAGCUGACACACACAGGAAGACAUGGCUGCGGUAUACGGAGGCGUUGAGGGCGGUGGAACUCAUUCUAAAGUGGUUUUGAUUUCUGAAGAUGGACAGAUCCUGGCAGAGACCGAGGGACCCUGCACCAACCACUGGCUGGUUGGAACAGACAAGUGUUUGGAAGCCAUCAAUGAAAUGGUGAGGCAGGCCAAGCAGAAAGCUGGACUCGAUAUGGGCACACCCCUCAUCUCUCUGGGCAUGUCUCUGAGUGGGGGGGAGCAGAAGGAUGCCAUCAUGAAGCUGAUAGAGGAGAUGGAGACCAGAUACCCGGGACUCAGCAAGAGCUAUCACAUCACUACUGAUGCCAUUGGAGCCAUGGCAACCGCCAGUGAGAGAGGGGGAGUGGUGCUGAUCUCUGGGACCGGGUCAAACUGCAAACUGGUGAAUGUUGAUGGCACACAGGUGGGCUGUGGAGGCUGGGGUCACCUCAUGGGAGACGAGGGCUCGGCGUACUGGAUAUCACACCUGGCUGUGAAGACCGUGUUUGACGCCACUGACAACUUAGUUCCCCCUCCUCAUGACAUCACUCACGUCAAGAAGGCCAUGUUUGACUACUUCCAGGUCUCUGACCUCAUGGGGAUCCUCACUCAUCUCUACAGGACCUUUGAGAAGUCCAAGUUUGCAGGAUUCUGCCGAAUACUAGCUGAAGGAGCCAGCACUGGUGACCUGCUUUGUUGCUUUUUAUUCGGGCAAGCCGGUCAAGUGCUUGCUCAGCAUGUUGUAGCUGUCCUGCCCCAGGCUGAUAAGAGCCUGUUUGAGGGGGAGCUGGGCUUGCCUAUCCUGUGUGUGGGCUCCGUGUGGAACAGCUGGCAUCUCCUGAAGAAAGAGUUCACUCAGGUGCUGAGCCAGGCCUCCUCCAGCAGCUUCUCUCGGUUCAGCCUCCUCACCCUGAACCACUCCUCAGCAGUAGGGGGGGCCAGCCUGGGGGCCAAGAGCAUCGGCCGGACGCUGCCCUUGGACUACACUGCCAACGCCAGCGUCUUCUACACACACACCUUCAACAGCCAGUGAGGUCUACACUCUCUCCUGCAUCACCCAGUGAGGUCUACACUCAUUCCUGUGCAGGCCGUGAGGCAUCUACACUCUCUAAUGCACAGGCAGUGAGCUCUCUCACUCUCUCCUGUACAGCCAUAGAGGUCUCGAAGGAAUUGGAAUUUAUAUUUGAGACAUUGUAGUUGUUUUGAUUGUUCAGCUACUUUCAUUUGAAUCAAGUUUAAUUGACUAACAAACAGUGACUUGUAAUUUAAGUUUCCAAUGUGAGAAUCUGAUUUUAACAGAAUACUGCUAAUUGCAAUUUUGAUCAAUCACGUGCUGGAAUUGAAUAAAAUGGAAUGAGAAUUGGAAUAGAAAAACAGGAAUUGAACCCUGCACAGCCAGGCAGCCACUCUUCUGUCCUCACCCUGGCAGCUCCCUCACGGUUAAAAAAAUAAAAAUACAGCCACCUCUGCCUUUUGGAGGUGUAGGGCCCCAACAUAGCAACACUUCCGACUUCAGGGGGAAAUCUGUGUGAUAAGAAAUGGUUCAAUUUGAUUGACUUGUGCCCCGUUUCCACUGGCUGGCAUUCCCAGCUACGGCUGCCCACGUCAAGAGAACAAGGUGUUUCCACUGUGAGUCCAAGCGGCUGAGUGCGGCUCUCUGGUCAGGCUUUGUGUCUCAUACUCCAGGUAGUUAAACUGGCUACAAAGGAAGUGUGUCAUCAUGUAGCCAGGAGGUGUUUAAGCUCUUUGUUUACAGCCAUGAUGAAACAUGUGGAACUUGAUAUGUAAAAACUAAAGGACAUUAGCCAACAUGCCAGUAGCUGCAUAGGUUGUUAAGGCAUUUCUUUAUGAUGUAUUAUUGUUUUACAUUUUGCAGUGUGGUGGCAUUUUUAAAAGAGAACAUACAAACUGAAAGCUGAAAGAAAGAUUGUAUGUCGUGCCAUAAUGAAAAUAGCAAUGAACAUUCUUUCAAUUUCAGCUUGCAUGGCUCUGACUGCUUUGUUCUAAAUGCAGUUUUACCACGGGUUUCUUUAAAGCAAAACACAGUAUGAUCUCAUAAUCCACCAGUGCCCUUUCCGAGGUUGGCCAGGUUUGGAAAAAUGCAGUGAAACACUUGAUUUCAGCAGCUAGCUGUGGGCAGCCAAAGCCUGUUGGUUUGUUUUUUUUUGCACCGUCCCCUUAUCUCUAUGAUGUUUGCAAUUAUUUUGAGUCGUUCUUACUGCAGAUAUGACUCUGCGUUCAGGAGCCGGCUCUUCAUUUCCAUGGACAUGCAGUAUGUAGCCUAGAUCAGGCAACUAAAUUUGAAGAGCAGCACCCUGUCAAAAGAAUGACUACGAAGGAUUCACAUCAUAAAAAGUCUUGGGCCAGUCUAUUCACCUGUGUUAAUUCUAGGUGUAUCAGAUUUUGUCACAGAGUGCCAUUGUUUUUCAUUAACACUGUAUUUUCAUUGUUGUACUUUGUAAUGUUACAUGCAAUGUCUGAAUUCAGUAUCUUGUUUUUAAUUUGUAUGCUAUCUAACAUCAUUGGAACAUAUGUAGCAUAAAAGGUGCUAUGCAGAUCAAUGCAAAAUAAAUGAAUAAAGCAUUCCAAAGUAAAGAUAAAAACAAUAAAGAAUAGGCUUGUUAGCAGUUCUUGUGUGUGUUAAGAGAACACAGUUUUAGGUAGGAGACACUUCUUUACACAGAGAGUGGUGAGGGUAUGGAAUGGGCUACCUUGCCAUGUUGUUGAUGCUGAAUCACUUAGAUUGUUUAAGACCCAACUUGACAAGGUUUUGAGAUCAAUCAGCUUCUAAGAACAUGAUGAGCACUAAUGGGUCAAAUGGCCUCUUGUUUGUCAUUUUUUUUAAUGUUCUGUUCAUAAUUUUUUCUAUGACUCCUACUGAAGCUCUUGUCCUGCCUCUUCGUUGCUGGGUGGGGAUAAUGCUCAGUCUUAGUUUAACCCAGUGUUGAGUAACAACAUCUGUCUGAUUUGUAAUAUCUGUGAUUGUAAUAAAGAAGAACUUUUGAACUAUU